GGCCCCGCCCCUGAGGCGGAAGCUGUGCUCUGCGUCACGCCCCAUGCAGUGCGGUUAGUUCCGGAGCGGGUGAGUCUUCUGUGCUACAGUCCCGGCAUGGACCGCGUGUGUGAGGAGAGGUCCACUAAGGAUGGGAGCGACGAGGAGGACCCUGACUCCGCGGAAGCCCCGGCCCGAAUCCGGGACACCCCAGAAGACAUCGUGCUGGAAGCGCCGGCCAGUGGGCUGGCGUUCCAUCCGGCCCGCGACCUACUGGCUGCGGGGGACGUGGACGGAGACGUGUUCGUCUUUUCCUACUCUUGCCAAGAGGGAGAAACCAAGGAGCUGUGGUCAUCAGGUCACCAUCUGAAGUCCUGCCGAGCUGUGGCCUUUUCUGAAGAUGGGCAGAAACUUGUUACUGUCUCCAAGGACAAAGCCAUCCAUGUUCUAGAUGUGGAGCAGGGCCGACUAGAAGGACGUAUUUCCAAGGCUCAUGGUGCCCCCAUUAACAGUCUGUUGCUGGUGGAUGAGAAUAUUUUGGCCACAGGGGAUGAUACAGGUUGUAUCCGUCUGUGGGACCAGCGGAAGGAGGGCCCCUUAAUGGAUAUGCGGCAGCAUGAGGAAUACAUUGCAGACAUGGCUUUGGAUCCAGCCAAGAAGCUGCUUUUGACAGCCAGUGGAGAUGGCUGCCUUGGUGUCUUCAACAUCAAGAGACGCCGGUUUGAGCUGCUCUCAGAGCCUCAGUCUGGAGACCUGACCUCUGUCACCCUCAUGAAAUCUGGGAAGAAGGUCACCUGUGGCUCCAGUGAAGGUACCAUCUACCUCUUCAACUGGAAUGGCUUUGGGGCCACAAGUGAUCGCUUUGCCCUGAGAACUGAGUCCAUUGACUGCAUGGUUCCAGUCACUGAGAGUCUACUGUGUAUUGGCUCUACUGAUGGAAUAAUCAGGGCUGUGAACAUUCUGCCAAACCGAGUGGUGGGCAGUGUGGGCCAGCAUGCUGGAGAGCCUGUGGAAAAGCUGGCCCUUUCCCACUGUGGCCGCUUCCUGGCCAGUAGUGGCCAUGACCAACGCCUCAAGUUUUGGGACUUGACCCAGCUGCGAACUGUGGUGGUGAAUGACUACCGUCGGCGCAAAAAAAAGGGAGGGCCGCUGCGGGCCCUGAGUAGCAAGGCUUGGAGCACUGAUGACUUCUUUGUAGGACUGAGGGAAGAGGGAGAAGACUCUGUGGCUUGGCAGGAAGAUGAAGAGGAGAGCGACGACAGUGACUGAGGGUAUGAACUGAAUCUCAGGACAGGUUCUCACUAAGAGUCUUAUUUGUUGGGCUGGUCCCAGAGAAGAUGUGAAUUUUAAUACCCUUUUGUGCAGCACAAGAUGAUGGCCUCAGGACACUGAUGUUAGGGAAGUACUUGUGCUGUAGCUGUUAAUCUACCAGUGUCAGACAAACCCUAUAUUGGGGCAAGACAGCACAGACACAAGUGUGUACUAACCAGAGGUUUAAUAUAAAUACAACCAGUAUAGAAAAACUCAAAACCAUACAUAAGCCCAAAUCGGAGUGCCAGUGGCAGGGACAAAGAGUAGAAUUUCUCACCCUUUGACUCAGCCAGCCCUUCCCCCUAAAUAAAAAUAAAGAUUCAUGCUAAGGUGUGU